UCGAAAACAAAUAAUCACAAAUUACCGCCCGAUUUUCGCGGCGAGCCACCACCGUUAACAACUCAUUAUGAUCAUUCUCUGAUCGUCGGAUCCAGAAUAUGUAUCAGUUCUGCUGCGUCGCGCCCGUACCGGAUCGCACUACCCAGGCCGCGGCCGCCGCCUCUACUCAUUCGUUCUCCUCGUCCUUAUCGGAGCUCCUGAACAUGCAACGCCGGACGAUGUCGGUUCGAUCGCUAUCCACCCCGAGCCGCAACCCUGGGUCCUCCCAUAGCUUACGCAUCCCCACCAAUAACGGCGACGACGACCAAGACAACCGUCUGAUCCCGCGAUCCAAAUCCUCAGUGUCGGAGUGGUUCUCUAGGCAGCUGUCCAUUCGGGAUCACCGGGAGGUCGUGAUCAACGACAUUGUCGGGAAUGGGAUCUCCGGCAUUCUGUACAAGUGGGUCAACUACGGCCGGGGAUGGCGUCCCCGGUGGUUCGUUCUCCAGGACGGUGUUCUUUCCUAUUUCAAAAUCCACGGCCCCGAUAAGAUUACGAUCAAUCACGAAACCGAAAGAGGAUCGAUGGUUAUCGGCGAAGACUCCAUCCGUCGACUCUCCCGCCGAACCCGCUCUCAAUCCCGCGUCCGUAAACCCGUCGGUGAAAUCCACCUCAAGGUGUGUUCUAUUCGGGAGAGUAAGUCGGACGAGAGGAGGUUCUCGGUGUACACGGGGACGAAGAAUAGGCUGCAUCUGAGGGCAGAGAGCGGGGAGGACAGGGCAUCGUGGGUGGAAGCGUUGAAGGCGGUGAAGGACAUGUUUCCGCGUGUGUCGAAUGCUGAGCUGAUGGCGCCCGCUGCAGAUGUGGUGUUUUCGACGGAGACGUUGAGACAGCGAUUGUUGGAGGAGGGGGUGAGCGAGGUCGCCAUCCAGGAUAGCGAGACCAUUAUGAGGAGUGAGCUCUCAGAGUUGCAUAAGCACCUUGUGGUCCUCAAGCAGAAGCAGUUGUUGCUCAUUGACACAUUGCGUCACUUGGAGACAGAAAAGGUUGACUUGGAGAACACGCUUGUUGAUGAGAGUCAAAGGCAAGCAUCGGAGCCAGGAAAUUCCUUUAGAUCAAGGCAAGACAAGUACAGCGAGGGAAGUGCAAGUGAUUCUUAUGAUGACAUUGACAGACAUGAGGGAGACGAAGAAACUGAUGAUGAAGACAAUGCAUUUUUUGAUACUAGAGAUUUUCUUUCGUCCAGUUCUAUCAGAAGUAAUGGAUCUGAUUUUCAGAAAUCGCCACUUGGUUCUGAUGAAGAAGAGGAUCUAGAUGGCAUUGAUUGUUUAAGUAGAUCUGUUGGACAUAAGUAUCCUCAUGUUAGGCGCCGUAAGAAAUUGCCUGAACCAGUUGAAAAAGAAAAGGGUGUUAGUCUUUGGUCAAUGAUCAAAGAUAAUAUUGGGAAGGAUCUUGCCAAAGUCUGCCUUCCAGUUUAUUUUAACGAGCCCAUCUCUUCUUUACAGAAAUGUUAUGAAGAUCUGGAAUACUCAUACCUGCUAGAUCGUGCCUAUGAAUGGGGUAAAAUGGGUAAUGGCCUUAUGAGGAUUCUAAAUGUAGCAGCAUUUGCGGUAUCAGGAUAUGCUUCUACUGAUGGAAGAACUUGCAAACCAUUUAAUCCGUUACUGGGUGAGACAUACGAAGCUGAUUUUCCAGAUAAAGGCCUUCGUUUCAUCUCCGAGAAGGUUAGUCAUCACCCGGUGAUUGUUGCAUGCCAUUGUGAAGGGCGCAACUGGAGAAUUUGGGGAGACAACAAUUUAAAAAGUAAAUUUUGGGGUCGUUCGAUUCAGCUGGAUCCUGUUGGUCUGUUAACUUUGGAGUUUGAUGAUGGUGAAGUUUUUCAGUGGAGCAAGGUAACGACUUCCAUUUACAACCUCAUUAUAGGAAAACUCUACUGCGACCACUAUGGUACAAUGUGCAUAGAGGGGAAUCGUGACUACUCGUGUAAACUAAAAUUUAAGGAGCACUCGAUCAUUGAUAGAAAUCCGCAUCAGGUACAAGGUACCGUCCAAGAUAAGAAUGGUAAAACAAUGGCAACUUUGAUCGGAAAAUGGGAUGAGAGCAUGCACUAUGUAACAGGCGAUAAUCCUGGGAAAGGGAAAGGGUCAGGGUCAUUGUUGGAACCCUGUUUGCUAUGGAGACGGAGCAAGCCAUCCGAAUAUCCAACCAGAUAUAAUCUAACACGCUUUGCCAUUACGCUGAAUGAGCUUACACUUGGACUUGAGGAGAAGUUGCCACCAACAGACUCAAGACUCAGACCUGAUCAGAGGUAUUUGGAGAAUGGGGAGUAUGAAAAGGCCAAUGCGGAGAAGUUGCGGCUAGAACAGAGACAGCGACAGGCACGGGGAAUGCAAGAGAAGGGUUGGAAACCAAGGUGGUUUGAAAAGGACAGCAGCAACAAUACCUACCACUAUAUUGGUGGUUACUGGGAAGCGAGGGAAAAGCAUAACUGGGAAUCAUGCCCUAAUAUCUUUGGCCAACUCUCAACUGAUCAAAGUUUUGACUAGCCCCUUCCUAUCCCACCUUGAAAUGGAAAUAAAACGAAAAAACCAUUCUUUAACCAUUUCGACUCUUUUUCCUUGUUUCUUUACAGAAUCCAUUUCUUUUCUUCAAUUAUUUCUUCAAAAAAUAUACGGACGAUGGGCUUUCAUGCUUGCCACUCCAAGCAGUUCAAGAGGCCACAUGAAACGCAAUAAACAGUCAUGUGGAGAUGGUGCCCCACAAUUCAAAUAAUUUCAUCCUGGUUGAAGGCUCUCUCUCCAACUUGUCAUACCCAACUCUCCCAAGUUGUGAACGCUUAGCUGCUAGUACAUCACUUUCUGCUCUGCUAUAUGCAUGCUUAAUCCUAGCUGGGGGCCGUGGAUUUGGUUGGGUUGCAGGGGCACCUACAUAGACACUUUUACCUGAAUUGAUGUCCAAUAUUACAAAAGAGAGUACAUUUUGUUGACAAGUAUCGAGCUAGCUUGUUGCUGAUGACCCUAAACACCAAGCCACAGUGUAAGCUUCAACAUGUUUCACCUCACGGUUAAUGGGCAUGACUCACUCUCUUCCUAAGUGGGCAGGGCAGCACAGAGAUUCCUUGUUUGAUAGAAUUGGACUAGGAAAAUAAAAGGAUUAAAUAUUAAAAUACUUUAUGUUGUUUAGCUUUUGAACAUAUAUUGACCUCUAAAUUAUUUUGACCUCUUUGUUUUCAAGUUUGAUCAUGCCAUUAUAAACGUGAGUCCCAAUACAAAUGAAAUGUCUACAA